UGGCUGUCAAAAAGCGUUACGUCUCCACCACAGAAAUGUUUGGUACUUCUUGCCUACUUUUCCUCAAAAUGCUUACACCCUAACUGUAAGCACCUUGGUUCAGAUUGAAAAAUCUUUUCACUUGGCAACGCUGUUUUUGGAAACAUGACAAAAUGAACACGCAUUUGAAAUCUUUUCGAGUAGGGUGAACGUGAACGCCAUAAAAGUUAAUAUGAACAUAAACAUUGGAGAACGCUAUGCUUUCAAUCGAGUUUUAAAGUACAUUUCGAGAAAAUGAUUUAUUAUUGUGCAGUCCGAGGUUGUAGAAACAAAAUAUCGGUUACGAAACACGAUACCACCAUCCUGUAUCAUAAAUUUCCUACAAACAAACAGCAGUGGGAAGCUUGGAGAGUAUUUUGUGACAACGGGAAAGAAUGGACACCCGCGGCAAAUCAAGGUAUCUGUUCGGAACACUUCGGGUCGGAAUGUUAUGGUUAUGAUGCUGGGUUUGCAUUCCAGUCCUAUCCUGCCCUUGCAAAACAGAUAAGACGUCUCGUUUCAAAAGCUGUGCCCAACCUCCGAGCACCUGAGCCUCAGCCACGACGAUCUUGGUCGAUUUCCCCACUGCCAUGGGAUGAUCCACCACCCGAACUUAAAAACGAUGGCCAAGAAGCCGAAGAACAGAAGAAGGCAUUGGAAGAAAUGUUCGUUCCAUGCAAGAACUUGGAAGAUGUAGAAAUCAAGUCCGAAUCAGAAGAUAUUGGCGAAUCCGGACCUAAAUCUACCGACAAUGAUGAGAGCGGCACGGCUAAUAUACCUUUGAAAUCGUACUGCCGUUUAUGUUUACGAUUACUUAAAUCAGAUUUCCUCGAGUUGUUUGAUGAAGAUGAAAUAAAAAAAGCGCAAAACCUCUUCAAUUACAAAUAUUCUGAUCACCAUCUUAUUUGUAACAACUGUUCAAUCCUGAUGGAUAUCACAACGGAUUUUAUUCAAGCUGUGCACGAUGCGAACAUGCUGCUAGAAGUUUCUGACGUUACUCUUAAAAGUGGCUUUUGGGAAAUUCAAUCGAACGUGGCGGCCGUCAGAAAAUGUAAAAGAAUGCUUGUGCAACAUUUGGUAGAACUGGGUAUUGCUGCCGAUACCUACAGAGUUCUCCACAACAACGAUGUUCAUAGACUCAGCGGAACUUCUAACUUGGAAGGUUCUUCUGUUGGUGAACCAAAUGCAAAGAUUAUUUUCAAUAGUUCUUCUGUUGGCGAACCAAGUGAAACAACUGCUUUGAGUAGUUCUUCUGUUGAAGACCCAACUGAAACGAUUACUUCGGAUGGUUCUUAUGCCUAUGAGCUUUCCCGUCUGGAGUACAAGGAUCUCUUGAUAGAACCAAUACGAAUUGAAGCAUUGGAAAUGGAUGAUGAAGAUCAGCAACUAGAACGGGAGGGCGAGGACGUUCAAAAUACAGCAGAAAUUUUGAAAGUUGAAUCGGUUGUUGAAAUACCAUUCGAGCACGAUGUUUCUGAUAUCAAUGAGAGCGUCACUUUUGCACUUCUUGCUGCAGAUAAAAGUACAGAAAGUACACAGCACAAUAAAAAGGAUGACCAAACGAAAAAUAACACAAAUGUAAUUUCAAAACGGAAAAGAUCAAAAAUGACUAGAGAAGAGUAUCUUGCGCAUCAAAGAAAAAAUCGCAAACCGUUGACAUACAAUGAAACUCAUUGGCUUUGUUAUCUAUGCGGAAAAACGGUUCACAUUAUGACUAAGGAAUACCAUAUUAACGAGCACAAAGGUAUCAAACCGUAUCGUUGCGAGAAAGGUUGCGAUAAGACGUUCUAUGGCGUUUUGCAUAAACAACGACACGAGCAUCGCCAACAUGGUGGAAAAGAUGGUGGAUCGAAAUCAAUGACCUGUACGGUUUGCGGGAAGGUUUUGCGAACGAAUCCUUACGGUAUGAGUUUGCAUAUGCGCAUUCAUGCAUCUGAUAAGAGAUUCGAGUGUGAACAUUGUGGUAAAAGGUUCACAAUAAAAACCAAAUUGAAUGAGCACAUGAGAAUUCACCUCAAUGUGUACCCCUACGAAUGCGACCAGUGUGGAAAAAAAUUUAAAUUUAAGCAAGGGAAAGAUGUCCACGUAAAGGCUAUUCACGAAAAACAUAAAAUGUGAUCAAUCUUAAGAUUAAUGGUUAAAAAAAGGUAAAACUCAAGAAUGUUUUUUAAGAGUUGCUGGCGCUCCCUUUUUUAGGACAAGCCUAAUUGUAACACAAGCCUAACUAAAACAUGUAUCGGGUCGUUAAGCAUUCAAUGUUUGAAUAUGUUGUUAUGUUUCUAGGGCAACAAUAGUUACAAUAGACAUUUAUUUUUUUUAUUUACAUAGUUUACCGUCUAACAAUGACAUUUAUUUUCUUACAAAAAUUUUG